UUCAACAUUGACAUCUGAAUGAAGGAGGUACAUUUGUUUUACCUAAAUAUGAACCAUGAAAGAGAAGAGUGAAUGUUUUUGAAAACACUUGCCCAGUAAGUGCCCAAAAGGAUGGAUAUUUGAGUCAUGGCUGCCUAGUUAUAGUCAAGACCAAGAAGGAUCUGACAUUCUGGUUUCAAAUCAGACCAACAGAGCUCCAUGUCUGACUCAGACCUUAUGAAGAGUGGGGGACCAGCCAGCAGGGGCCCCGAAUGCCGCUCGCCUCCAAAUCCCAGGACGGAGGUGCUUAGCCCCUCCAAGGUGAAGGACCGCUCUCAGAACGUCACAGAGAAGGUCACGCAGGUACUUUCUUUGGAGUCUGAUGUACUGCCUGAAUACAAACUCCAGGUGCCUGAGACAACAUGGUGGAUCUUGCUUCACUACAGCCCCUUCAAGGCGUUUUGGGACUGGAUUAUUCUCCUCCUGGUCCUCUACACAGCUGUUUUCACUCCUUACUCAGCUGCGUUCCUCUUGGAUGAACACAGGGAUUUACGUCAAAGAAAUUGUGGCUACACAUGUAACCCUCUGAAUGUGGCGGACCUUAUGGUUGAUGUGCUGUUUAUUGUGGAUAUAGUCAUCAACCUUCGCACAACGUAUGUGGACCAAAAUGACGAGGUGAUCACACAGCCGAGCCGCAUAGCCAAGCACUAUAUCAAAGGCUGGUUCCCUAUUGAUCUGUUCGCAGCGAUCCCUUUUGACCUUCUCAUUUUCAGAUCUGGCUCAGAUGAGAUGGCAACCUUAACAAGUCUGCUGAAAACGGCCCGGCUGCUGCGAUUGGUCCGCGUGGCAAGAAAGUUGGAUCGGUACUCUGAAUAUGGAACUGCUGUCCUCUUCUUGCUCAUGUGCACCUUUGUGCUCAUCGCCCAUUGGCUCGCCUGUAUUUGGUACGCCAUUGGCUUUGUGGAGAGGCCGUACACUGAGACUGGUUGGCUGGACAACCUGGCCGAACAACUGGGCAAGUCAUAUAACGACAGUGACUCCAGCUCCGGUCCAUCAGUCAAAGACAAGUAUGUCACUGCUCUUUACUUCACCUUGAGCAGUUUGACGAGUGUGGGCUUCGGUAAUGUCUCUCCAAACACCAACUCAGAGAAGAUCUUCUCCAUCUGCGUCAUGGUCAUUGGCUCUCUCAUGUAUGCCAGCAUAUUUGGGAAUGUGUCAGCCAUCAUCCAACGACUGUACUCCGGUACAACUCGCUACCACACCCAGAUGCUGCGAGUCAAAGAGUUCAUUCGAUUCCACCAAAUCCCAGGUAGCCUUCGCCAAAGACUGGAGGAGUACUUUCAGCAUGCCUGGUCGUACACAAAUGGCAUUGACAUGAAUGCUGUACUGAAGGGAUUUCCAGAGUCUUUGCAGGCAGACAUCUGUUUGCACUUGAACAGAUCUCUGCUACAGAACUGCAAGGCUUUCAAUGGAGGCAGUCAAGCCUGCCUGCGUCACUUGGGUAUGAGGUUCAAGACAGUCCACGCUCCUCCAGGAGAUAUUCUGAUCCACUACGGAGACAUCCUGGACUCUCUCUUCUUCAUCUCACGUGGUUCUAUUCAGGUCAUCAGGGAUGAUGUGGUGGUUGCCAUAUUAGAAAAGAAUGACAUCUUUGGGGAGCCUAUCCACCUGUAUGAUGAGCCAGGGAAGUCCAAUUCAGACGUCCACACCAUCACCUACUGUGACCUGCACCGCAUCCUGAGGGACGACCUGCUGGAAGUCCUUGAUGUCUAUCCCAGCUUUGCGGACAACUUCUGGGGGAACCUGGAGAUAACUUUUGACCUGAGAGAUGCUGAUCAAGUACCACCAAUAAUAACAGCUGAUGACUCUGGUGACGACUGUGGUUAUCGCCACAAGCCAAGACACAGAAUCCACUCUCUUGACUGCCGAAUCAGGCCAGAUGGAAUUGAUCAUGAAGACUCGUACCCCACCUCCUUGCGUCAUCGUCACUCAUCUCCUCAGGCCCACUGGGAUGACCACUGUAGCUGCGGAUCCCCGUGUUCCCAGUCAAGUGAAGACCUGGCUAAGCCUCUUUCCCACGGUGCCAAAGUAGAGCUUUACCCUCCAGAAGAUGCCAGACAGGACUACUCACCGUCUGUAGUGCAGCUGCUACCCCCAAGUGGCACCUCAGUGGGGAGGGAAGCAGUGUUGGACCUCGGCCAACAAGCUUCAUCUUUGAAUGUGCCGGGAAUGUAUCAAUACUGGCCAGAAAGACAGUCACAACAGUUUUCCAGUCGUGCCUGGCGAUCUUCCUCCGUCCGCAACUCAUACCAUCCACCACCAUUCACAGAAGAACGGCCCAGUGAGCUAGAGUCUCGACUUGAGGUUUUACACUCACAGCUCAACAGACUGGAGACUCGCAUGACAGCCGACAUCAACGUUAUUCUCCAGCUUCUCCAGAGGCAGAUCACUCCUGUACCUCCUGCCUACAGCACUGUAUCGUCUACUACCCUCCCUACUGACUCACCGGGCCUGUACGGGACUGGAACACCAGCGCUGCACAGCAUGUACCCCAUUUCUCCCAUACAGAUGGACAGCCGGGCACCCACACAGAGCUCCAGCAAGACUGACCUCAAAUUCACCAAGAAGUCCCAGGAGUCAUUGUCCAGCGGUAUCCAUGUGACUGUGGCAUCAGACGACACCAUGUUCAUGACCGACACCCCUGAAACUGAGACUCAUACAGGGCUGAGUCCGCAGCUACCCCAGCCAUCAGUCAAAUCCUCCCUCAUGGAGAACCCAAGGCUGUGCUGCAGCCUCCGCUACCCCUCACUGCCAGGGAACCUCGACAUCACCUCAGGACUGGCUGAGAUUCAGAAACACCUUUCAGACCCUGUGCUGCCUAUCAUCUGAAUACCUUCAGUAAAGCAGUUUUCCUCUCAACCAGUGUGACUUGGAAAGUAGUAAUAUAAGGCUACUUACAGACUUCUGAAGGAGUCCAAGAUUCAUGUAUCAUUACACAUUUGGACAGCUAGUAGUGUCUCAAAAUCAGAUUGUGAGCCACAAGGGUUUCCAUUUCAUUCAGUGUUGACACAGGACUUCACUCAGUGACGAUUGUAACAUGUGGACAGUUAUCAUACUUAUUAAGGACAAUUGCUUUUUUUUUUACACCUUGUACCUGUUUCACGUCUUUUUGUUCCAUUCCACAUCAGUAACUUUUGUGAGAGCCAAGCCUAUCAUGUCAUGUUUAAUCCUGAUCCUGUUUAAAUCCUUAAUUAUUUUCCUGGCACACUAGUACAGAGCUUCUACCUACAGAGUAAAGCCUGGCAAUUACUUGAUUUGUGAGGCCAUUACUGAUAUUAUUUGAGAGUAAAAGAAAAUCCACAUUUUCAGAAAUAUGCUUAUUUGAUAGAUGUUAGAUAAGAUUGAUACCAUUCUCACCAGCAGCUGGUAACCUUAGUUUAGCACAAAGACUGGAAACAAGGGGAAACAGCUAGUCUGGCUCUGUUUAAAGAUUAAAAAAAUGCACCUAACAGAAUCUUUAAUGCUCACAAAUUAACACGUAAUCUUGUUUAAAUUAAUUCGUACAAAAACUGUAGUGGAAAAAUUACAUGUUGUGGUUCCAUGGGACUAUUGCUGUGAAUGAAAUCACUACCUAUUUACAAUGUGCACUAUAUUUUAUUUGAGCAUUCAAAUUCUCAGUAUGUAUAUCUAUUCCCUCAGAAAUUCCACAAUGGGCCAAAACAUGCAGUGAGUGAAAAAUGAAGUGUCGAUGGCAUGACUACUUUUUGCAAACAAUCCCACAAUGCAACGUGCCACAUUUUAUAGAUGUGAAAAUUAACAUUGUUCAACUCGACACCUCAGUGAUGAGGCAAAAUGUCUGAAAUGUGAAUUUACUGCUCACUACUGAGUAAACAAAUGAGUAUCUAUUAUACAGGGGGGAGUAAUGAAUGAAG